GAGGAGGAGGAGGAGGAGGUCUGCGUAAAACUCCGCCUCCGGUCUCGGAUCCCUUCGCAUUCCUUAUUUACAGCCUCUCACGUCGAGGAGAGAGAGAGAGAGAGAGAGAAGAAGAAGAAGAAGACGGGCACACAAAGCAUCAGGCGACGAAGGCAGAACGAGGGGAGCAGCGAAACGCACCAUGGCACUGUCCAGGACGUCUGAGCCCGCGAUAGUGUCCGACCGCCGCGCGCCCCCACCACCGUCGAGCCCGGCACGGAGCACGAGCACGAGCACGCAGUCGCGCCGCCGACAGAGCCCGGACGAGUGAGGCUCCGCGCCUGGGCCGCGGGCAACAUGAGGGUCAUCUUCAUCCUCAACGCCGGUUUCGUCGCAGCUUUCUCGCCCCGCAGACGUGAGUCGCCGAUGUUGGCAGCGUUCGGGAUGAGCGAUCACGUGAACCAGUCCGAGUUGACCGCAGAUCGAGCGCGCCAGUCAGCCGAGGAGUGACGGUGUCAGAGCCAUAUUAUUAUCGUUAUUCAUUAUUAUAGUUAUCGGGGGAGGGGGGGGGGAGGGGGGGGCAGGAGGGAGGAAGGUCGCCCGCAGACAGCGCUGUCAUCAGCUGAGCGCACAUUGUAUCACAAUAACUGGCACUAGGGUGAUAGGCUACAACACUAUGUAUCAGUUUAUUAAAGACCGAUGAUGUCUCUUCAAGACUCGCUUCGCUCAAUCCAUCAGUAGAUUGAUUAUAUAGCGAGGAUAUCAUGAAUAGGUAGGAGGAGAAGUCUCCGUUUCGCUUUGAUCCAAGCCAAAUGAUCAACCAAGACAAUCUGGAAAUGUGAGGUUUCCUCAUGUUAUAAUAUGACUAGCAAGCUACGCGUUACUCCUUGUAAUUUAUUUAUUUAUUAUUACUAUUAUUAGGCCUAUAAGUAUUAUAUCAUCCAGUAGGUAGUUUGGAAUAUUUAACAGUGGGAAGGUCGUCCAAAACAAGAGACACUUUCCCUAGUGAGAUGCAAACCGCAUAUUUAUCGCCCCGCCGGGGGGCAACCCGUCCCGAGGCCCAGAGGGGCCAAACCUCAGUGGGCACGCCGGCCCCGGCUCCGCCGACACCACCUGCCGGCACCUCGCCCGAGGAGACCCCUGCGAGCGGUGACGGACGACGGAACUCUGGCGUGAAGAAGCACCACCACAAGCACAACCUGAAGCACCGCUACGAGCUGCUGGAGACGCUGGGAAGAGGCACGUACGGCAAGGUCAAGAAGGCCAUCGAGCGGCACUCCGGCAGAGAGGUGGCUAUUAAGUCCAUCCGAAAGGAGAAGAUCAAGGAUGAACAGGACAUGGUUCACAUCCGCCGAGAGAUCGAGAUCAUGUCAUCCCUCCGCCACCCGCACAUCAUCUCUAUAUAUGAAGUGUUUGAGAACAAAGACAAGAUUGUAAUCGUGAUGGAGUACGCCAGCAAGGGCGAGCUGUAUGACUACAUCAGCGAGCGGAGGCGGCUGAGCGAGCGAGAGACGCGACACUUCUUCAGACAGAUAGUCUCCGCCGUACACCACUGCCACAAGAAUGGAGUGGUGCACAGGGAUCUAAAACUGGAAAAUGUGCUACUGGAUGAAAACUGUAAUAUUAAGAUUGCUGACUUUGGGCUGUCGAACCUCUACCACAAGGACAAGCUGCUGCAAACCUUCUGUGGCAGCCCGCUCUACGCUUCGCCAGAGAUCGUCAAUGGGAGACCGUACCGUGGCCCAGAGGUGGACAGCUGGGCUCUGGGGGUGCUGUUGUACACCCUGGUCUACGGGACCAUGCCAUUCGAUGGGGGAGACCACAAGAACCUCAUUCGCCAGAUUAGCAACGGCGAGUACAAGGAGCCCACCCAGUCCUCAGAUGCCCGUGGACUGAUUCGCUGGAUGCUGAUGGUGAACCCUGAGCGCCGGGCCACAGUGGAGGACAUAGCCAAUCACUGGUGGGUAAACUGGGGAUGGAAAAACAGUGUGUGUGACUGCGAGAGCCAACGCGACCACGGAGGCUCGCCCAUGCUGGCCCGCUUCAUCGACUGGCAGAACCGCACUGAGCCACGUGGUUCUGGGGCCAAAGCUGCAGCCAUGCCCCAGCUGCUGCGCCAGAGGCCCAAGAAGUCCAAGAAGGAAAACGUUGAGGCAGGACAGACCCAAUGUGGAGCCGAGGACAAGCCGGGUCUGAAGAGACCCAAGGGGAUCCUGAAGACCAGGGUUACUGAGGAGCAGCAGGCUUCCUGUCUGGAGGGAGCGGAGUCGGGCCAGGCAGCGCUGCCUCAACAGGCCGAAGGGGGAGAGGAGGCCUCCAGUCCAGAUCAAGAGGAAGAGGAGCCGACUAUGGGAGGAGGCUCUCCAGCCAAGAUAGUGCCGUCUCUACCCAAGAAAGGCAUCUUGAAGAACAACCAACAGCGGGAAUCAGGGUACUACUCCUCCCCAGAGCGUAGCGAGUCCUCCGAGCUUUUAGGCGGCACCAGUAUGUCUGUACUGGCCACUUCCCCGCCCAAGAGAGCGAUGGGCAGAAAAGGCAUCCUGAAGCGAAAUGGCAAGUACUCCACCUACAGUGGGCCUCCCUCAGCCGCGGCAGUGGCUGGAAUUCUUGGUGAGCCUCCUCCAUCAACCGACUCUGGUCUGUCCCGCAGCCAGAGUCGGCCCUCCAGUAUAGUCGGUGAGGACAGCUCCGCUCUGUCCCUGUCGCCCAGCUCCCUCAGCGGGGCUGAGUGGCACUCCUCCACCCCCCACCUCCGCCCAAACAUCAGGGCCUGCGUCUCGGCCGAAAACCUGCUGCAACUCGCCAACUUCAAGGGCUUCCAGCCGGCGCCGCCGCUCCAGGGACACAAGUUCAGCCGCGGCCCCAAAACGAAAGGCUCCCCCGGGGACAAUGGCAGCUUCUCCUUGCUGGGGGACCUGGAGGACAUGACUCAGGUGUACCAGCAAGCCCUGGACAUCAGCAGCAACCUCACCUAACAGAUGGGUGGCAGAGAGAGAGGAAUCAGAGGGAAUUACACCUGAGUGUGCGUGUGUGUGUGUGUGUGUGUGUGUGUGUGUGUUUGUGUGUGUGUGUGUGUGUGUGUGUGUGUGUGUGUGUUUUUGUGUGUGUCCGUGUGUGUGCACAGAUGUAUAUCGGUGGUAUUAACGACCAGUGUGUUACUGGGAUACACCUCUUUGGAGGUUGUGGCUUUUUAAAAAUGGGACUGAAAUCUUGAAGGAAAUGAUAUAUAUCUACGUGCGCGCACACACACACAUGCAGAUGUACACACCUAGGUGCAAUUCUCUGGCCAGAGGAAAUUCAGUUCGGGUUUUGUGAAAAGGGAGAGAGAAGGAGCUGGCACGAGAGAAAUGCCACCCAGUCUGCUUUCUCGGGCCCGCCCAUAGACUUUGCUGUGUUCGACAUGUUUACAUAUUCAGCAAGAAGGCAAGUUAGAAUCACAAACGCGGCGACCAGAAACUGGUUGUGCUCUCCUUUUACACCUGAGUGUGCGUGUGUUACAAAAGCACCUUAAAACUCACACACAGAGCACAUGUUUUUGUGACCUUUACUUCCUUUAUAAAAAAAAAUGAAAGAAAACCAGGGUCUUGUUCCAAAAAUAACUGACAUUGCUGAUUAUUUAUUAAUAUUUUCGUAGCUUUUAGGUUUAAGUGCUAAACUGGUGGGCGCUGGCUGUUACUGGAAGAGUCCAAAGCUCCCUGUCUCCGACUCUUUGUGUGGAACUGACAUAUAUAAUUAUGUUGCUCAAUAAUGAGAAACGUAUAUAUACUCAGCAUAUAUAACUAUGUCUGUGCAUGUAAGACACGCAGGCAAUUAUACCUUCAUAAAAGCGUAUGUCCUAUAUAUGUGUAUGAUACUAUGGGAUAUGUAGGAAGUGCCUUUUUUGAUUCAUAAUAAAAAAAAAUUAUGUAUGUCAUUUCCUUAAAGUGGAGGGAAAAGCCAGGCCGACCUGUCACCAGUUGUGCUUUUAUUUUUUUUAUGUUGUUGUCUGUGAAUGUGGAGAGACCCAGGGCCUUCACCGCACGGCCGACUAGCUGUACUUAAUUUGUGGUUCAAAGGUCAAUCUGAGACAGUAAAGAUCAAACAGCCUCUUCCCCUCCCGCGCCCGUUCCUUCCACAAGAAGAAUCACACACACACACACACAGAUAUGCCAAGAUCCACAGGCGGCCUCAGAACAAGCUCCUCUGUGUUCUUUGUCAGUGUGUAAGCCCAUAGUUUGGCUUGUCAGCAGUUUAGGUGGCUCGGUUGAACACAGAUUAGCCGACAGCCCAGGGGUCUGCUGGGACUCACCUAGUGGGACACUUAGCGAUGGGAGAUGGCGCAGACACCACCUCACUGUCCUGGAAUGUGCCUGGCUCUUUUAACCGUCUUGUUUCACAUCUUCGGGGCCACCUGAGCGAGAGACUUUUUUUUCCCUACCAAAGACAACGAAGGUGCUUUCCAUUGUCGCGCUGGUUAAUAUUUCACCCAAAGCUCUUCAAAAGACCAAAGUGAGGUUGGGUUGUUGUUUUUUUUUAGCCUGCUGAUGACACAGCAAAUUCCUCAGACAAAGGCAGGAGACGUGUUGGUGCUAGAGAUCCCUAUCAGCUCCAGCCCGACUCAGCACAGGUGGGACCCGCGGUCAGUGCUGAGGCCUCCAGCUGUGUACACUAGUCCAUUAUUUCAACCGAGCACAAUUAGCCAGCUAUUGUUUUCAUUUGUAAGUAAGAGAGAGAGGUAGCGCGUAGAGAUUUAUAGCCAGAGGGAGGUGAAAAGUGUGAAAGGGUGAUGCAUGGAGCGGUAUGGAGCGGUGCUGAGAUUAGAGAGGACUUUCCCGUGACACGCAGGAAAGGUCAAGGAAGUAGACUUGGAAAGGAAUUGAAAUGUAGAUUAGUGAAAGUAAAGAACGUAACUAGAAAGGGUGGAUGGAAGGUGUUUGUUUCAUACCAAAGAUGUGAUGAAGCUUUGACGUGAUUCAGGGGAAUGGAUAGGAUCCGUCCCGGGACUAAUGAGGUCCCUUUGGAUUGUUCUUCGACGUGAGAAUGCCCAGUGGUGAAUGAAAUCAUCCCGGCGUUGGCUUUCAGAGGAGGCUGGAGGCUGUUGAUCUUGAAGGGUCAGUGUGUGACUUGUGUGUCCAGUAUGGCCUUAGAAAGUGUGUUACACUUUUUACCAGCAGCGAGGAAAAAGUGGGAACAACGGUGACUGACAUCAUCCAAGAUAUCAAAUGUUCGUGGAUGGAGAACCACGCAGUAGACAACCCCGGGGGAAAAAGAUCACACGUUGAAUGUUUUUCAGUGGUCCGCUCGUGUGAAGGAAAGGUCCUGGGUACCGAUUCAAAUGAAAAGACUUAUGCUGCGUAUUAUAUUGCAUUUUAUUGCCUUUUUUUGUAUUGCAUUUUAUUGUCAACUGGAUUUACAGUGAGAAAAUUAUACUAUGUUAGUAUUUUGUUCUAUUAUGCUUCUGUUUUUGAUUUUCCAAAAUAUAAGAAACUUUAUAUUGCUUUAUGUUAUGGCAGAAAAUACUUCCUUCCUCGAAGUAUUACAGAUUCUCUCCAAGAAAAAAUUGGUGUAAUCUCAUUUUCUCUCCAUUUUGGUAUUCACGUGGGUUAGUGAAGCCCAUCAACACCCUCCAAAUGGCAACAACAACAACAACAAAAAUAGAAAAUAGGGAAAAAUUUAAACAUAUGUACUCAUAUAUGUUGACAGCUGACCCUGUGAAAACUAAAUUUCAACCUCUACCAAAGCAUGGGCGAUCCAAAAAGUCCAAAAUGCUGGAAUAACAUCAUGAGAAAAAAAAAGAGAUAAAGCAAAAAAAAGAAACUGAGGAUGAAACUUUAACUCUGCCAAACUGGAAAUAACUGGUGCAUAUCUGUUAGUUAGCAGAAAGUCUAAUCAUAGGAAAACUUGACUGGAUAUUGUUAUGACAAUAAUAAUAAAUUAGUAUUAUUAUGUUAUUUAAGUAUUAUUAUUUUUGUUAUGGCUCAUUACUCUGGUUGGCUUUGCCACUGUUUUUUUUUUGUUUUUAUUUUAUUUUUGGUCUGUUGGUGAACCUGGACUGCCAAGGGGGAUUAAGCUGUGUGCCUUUGGUGUCUUUUAUUUACCUUUUUUUGUUUGUUUGUUUGUUAGUUUAAUUUUUUUUCUUUUUUGAUAAUGAAAAUUAUUAUCAAUGUGUUUUUUUAUACUUGUAUUUAUUGGUGAUCAAGCCAUUUAAUUUGUUGUUAAGUGCUCCAUGUUCAUGCAUUGGACAUUGUGUUGUGUUGAGAACGUAAGGCACACAAAAAUGAUCAUGUAUGUCCAUUCAAAAUGGAGUGGUAUCAUCUCAUGGUGAAGCGGUGGUCGAGUUUGUAGUCCUAAGAGCAACAAACCAAUAAGGGUCCCUCAAAUCUGGUCAAAUGUCUUAAUUCGUCCAUCUGGGUGUAUUUUUACUCAACACAAAGCCUCUGUAGUACUGUAUCAACUCAAAUAAAUGGAUCUUGAAAGUUAA